AUGUCCCGAUUCUGCCUCUUUAUGAAACGCCUCUCUCCUUCGCAACGCACCAUGGUGCGCUGCGUGGAAGUUUGCGAUAUCCUGUCCUUUCGCCGGACAGAUUUCGAUGAGCUAUCUUGUGGUUUCGACGGUGCCUAUGGCGUUCCUGGGAUCUUGGAGACUUGUCAUGGGUUGGCCAACAUAAGGGUCCGCAUCAUUAUUGCGCUAUCCGAUUUCGCACACACUGGCAGCGGAGACGACAGUGAACGCUUAGAAGGUGUCCGCAAAUUUGCCACAAACGUCACCAGUCUUCGUAGUCGUGGUCUUAUUGGGCACCACGAAUGCAAUAACCAUGUCGUUUUGGGUAACGAGUGCGUCCAUAUCGUCUUCGAUGAGCCGUCUGAUUUCGAACGAAUGGAAUACGAUGAAAGUGUUGAGAAGGAUGGGGAGGGUUGCCCGAACUGUAAGUGGUGGUUAGAGAACGAAUCUCAUUGGAUUGAUGAACGGCAAAAGGUGGAGCCCAAAUAAGUAGUGUACCUAGAUUGAUGAUACUGCCGAACCUUGGUUCAAGUAAGCAUAACUAGUAUCUUGGAUGAACCUUGGUUGAUACUUCCAGGUACAACUGGUUAGCAAUUUCGGAU